GGUCUUAGAAUUUUCAAUUCCUUGUAAGUUGGUCAAUCUCCCACUUUCCCUCUCACUUGCUGUGAUUUCUACAGUUUCACACUUGAUUCUACUUUUUAUAUUUCAAAAAACAGGGAGAAAAAACAAAAAAAAAGUACUUCGAUUUGAAUUCCCACCGCCCCAUGAGUAAAAUUAAAAGUAUAAAACCCCGAUUUCCCAUCUCCAAAACCUCACACUGGUGUGAUUUCAAAAUCCCAAGAAAGUGAAAAAUGGGUGCAUACAGAGCUGAAGAUGAUUAUGACUACCUCUUCAAGGUGGUCUUGAUCGGCGACUCGGGUGUCGGCAAAUCCAAUCUUCUUUCCAGAUUCACCAAGAAUGAGUUCAGUCUCGAGUCCAAAUCCACCAUUGGUGUUGAAUUCGCCACUCGCAGCAUUCGCGUUGAUGAAAAAGUCGUCAAGGCCCAGAUUUGGGACACUGCUGGCCAAGAGAGAUAUCGUGCAAUAACAAGUGCUUAUUACCGAGGAGCUGUUGGUGCAUUGCUGGUCUAUGAUGUAACUCGACACGUUACAUUUGAGAAUGUUGAUAGAUGGUUGAAGGAGCUUCGCGAUCACACCGAUUCCAGCAUUGUGAUCAUGCUGGUGGGAAACAAGGCAGAUUUAGGUCACUUGCGAGCUGUUUCCACCGAGGAUGCCAAAGCAUACGCCGAGAAAGAAAGCACCUUCUUCAUUGAAACCUCAGCUCUAGAGUCCACAAACGUCGAAAAUGCCUUCACAGAAGUGCUAACUCAGAUAUAUCAUGUUGUGAGCAGGAAGGCCCUUGAGACAGGAGACGAAGCUGCAACUGUGCCAAAGGGACAGACCAUCAAUGUCGGGAAAGAUGAUGUAUCAGCUAUAAAAAUAGGUGGUUGCUGCUCUGCAUAGACUGACGAAACAAAAAAAGACAGAUGCUCUUCUUUCUCAAGUACUUUCCCAUUUCCAUGCAGCCCUGAUGCCUUCAGUUUUACCAUCCCCCGAGUUCAUAGCCGACAAAGUUUUAGCUUUAUGCCAUAUAUAUAUAUAUAUGAUCAUGUACUGAGGCACUUGAAGAGACUAAAACUUGUACCAGAGUUUUAGCAAAACCCCUCAAGACUAGGAUGAUCCCAGCAAUUUUUUGGUUGCAGUUGGCCCAAACUACUUGUUAUUUACUUCAAUUUCUGUCUCCUGUUUUUCAUAUGUAUAUUUAAAUUCUAAAACAUUGCUUUCUCCCUUUAGUAUUGAACUGGAUUGAAUAGUUUUCAUUGUUCUUUAUGGGGAAAAAUGUCCAUUCGAUUA